UGCGAAGCGAAUUCAGAGUAGGUACGCACGGUGAAUGCCAUCCAAGUGACGCUCUCGGCAGACUAUUUUCUUCGAUCCCAAUCCGCUCACCCACAAUAAAGGACAGAAACGCGCCAUUAUAAGUUCACCAGCGCCUAUGCGUGCUGCAGUGAAUGUCCAGCAUGCGCCUCUUCCAAUACAGCGCAGGCAGCCAAAUCUACUCAGGCAUCCACUGCGCCUCUUUCUCAUCUAGCAUUUCAGCCCCGCCGCAACUAGUCAACUAUCCUCAACCCUUGCCCCACGUCCAUCCACACCACACCAUUCCACUCUCCGACCCCUCAAAGCCAAGCCCAACCCCAAAAUGGACUCCCCCGAAGCUUUCCUCGCCCGCGGCCUCGAGCCCGCCGAAUGCGCCAUCUGCCUCUCCGCCUUCGGGCCCGCGCACCCGCCCGUCCAAAUCCGCGCCUGCGGCCACCAAUUCGGCAGACCGUGUCUGGAGACCUGGGUCCGACAGUCAGACAACGGGAGCACGUGCCCGAAGUGCCGGGGCGUGCUGUUCCAGCGACUGAUAACGCUGCCGUCAAGGCUGGACGAGGAGCUGGACUUUGCUCCGCCCGUGGACAGGGGGUUUUUGAUGGGGCUUAGUUUCCACGACGACCGGGGCUUCCUGGCGCGUUUGUGGAUGGCGAUGCGCGGGUUUGCGUGGGCGGGUGGUGGGGGAACAGAGGAGGAGGAGGAGGAGGAGGAGGAGGAGGAGGAGGAGAUGACUGUCGACAUCGCGGCGCGGAUUAUCUCAGCGAUCCGCGGCGCGUUCAGCGCGCUGGACGCGCAGCACGAGGACUACGGGAUCCUGGCGCCGCAUUUCGCUCUCCUCGGCUCUGGCGGCCGCGUCGGCGCGUUUCGGCACUGGAUGUCCUUCUUCGGACUGGCGCUGGACGUUAAGAACACACUCGCCUGCCUCGGGCGCGAGUUCCGGCCGCGCGGUGUGCUGUGGCGGGCGAUUGUGCUGCUGAGUGUCUUUAGCAGGUGGCGCGUUGGCGCUGUGCAGCUGGAGACGUGGACGGCGGUUUACUUCCUGCUCUGGCUGAUGGCGUGGGAUCGCGAGGGCAAGGCGAAAGCGCAUUUGCGUGCGCCGUACGGCGCCCGCGAUGUGCGGCGUCUGGUGUCUAUGCUGGAAGCGCGGGGGUUCUGUUUCCCGGGGCAGGAUACCUCGCUGGACGGUCCGUUUGUGCGGCAUCUUCAUCGGUUCCUGCUUUGCGCUAGGGUUGACUGCGCGUGGGGGGAUGGGGAGCGCGCGAGGAGGCUUUCUUCGCCGUAUACGCCGACGGAGCAGUUGAAGGCGGAUGUUGAGGAAGUGUGGAGCGAAGCUGCGCGGCUGGGCGCGGAGGAUUAUGAGCGACCUGCCUUGGCUAAGAGGAGCGGGGAAGAUGAUAUGCCGGCUGAGGCUCUGCCUCCGUGCAACCCAAGGGAUUUCGAGGAUGAGAUGCUGUAGCUGGUGGUACUCUGGAAUAGCUUCUAGAAGGACUGCGAAAGCUACUGAAGUUCAACACUCGUGCUUCGUCAGCGGCGACGUGCGUGCCCCUUUCCGUUGACUUGCUCCCAUUCUCUAACUCUUGCACUAUACCCUUAGCCCUCUCUCCCAUGCCAGCUCCUCGCACUCGUCAAACCUUAGCCAACUCCCACUUUCCUACCCUCUUUCCACCAUUCUUGCGACUCAGAGAAAGUAGCUAUACCUUAUCAGAAUACACAGUAUAAAGCCGCGAGGGUUCCAACUGUACAUCAACAAGAUUGUAACUUCUAAAAGGAGCUGAAAAUCUCUACCCGCCGAACAUCUCCAAGAAUGGAUUUCUGUCGCCGGGAAUAUGGGAAAGC